UCAUAGACAUGUCCACGAGGUUCAGUCUCAUAUGGGACGUCUGGAGACAUGUGACAAACAGUCUGUACAUCUUGUGGAGAAUGAAAUUCAAGCAAGAAUAGACCAGAUCUUUAGUAACUUGGAGCGCUUGGAGAUCCUGUGUAGCAAAGAGCCUCCCAGCAAAAGGCAGAAUGCCAAACUCCGGGUAGACCAGCUGAAAUAUGACGUGCAGCAUCUACAGACGGCACUGAGGAAUUUUCAACAUCGGCGCUAUGCCAAAGAACAACAGGAGAGGGAACGUGAGGAGCUGCUGACACGGAGUUACACCACAAAUGAUUCAGAGACCUCAAUACACAUUGAUGAGACCCUUCAAUUUAACUCCUCUGUCCGUAACGCACACCAAGGCAUAGACGACCUCCUGGGGAGUGGUACCAGUAUACUGGAUGGGCUGAGGGACCAAAGGAAGACUUUAAAGGGGACCCAGAAGAAGAUCCUGGAUGUGGCCAACAUGCUCGGUUUGUCUAACACGGUUAUGCGGCUGAUUGAGAAGAGAGCAUUUCAGGAUAAAGUCAUCAUGAUUGGAGGCAUGAUUCUCACCUGUGUGGUCAUGAUUCUUGUCUUCAAGUAUUUGACAUGA